AUGCGAGUGCCCGCCAAGGUGUCUCUGUUGUUCCUGUGUGUGGGUCUCCUGGCGGCCCCUCAGGUUCAGAGCCAUCCCAUCACACGCCGAGACCUCUUGGCUCAAGAGACCCCGCUGGACAUGGCCCCGGCCUCCUUUGAUGACCAGUACGCCGGCUGCGUGGCGGCCAUGACCGCUGUCCUCCCGGACCUCAACCUUACAGAGUUCCAAGCCAACAAGGUGUACGCAGAUGGCUGGAUGCUGGCAAGCAGUCAGUGGCAGGAGCGCCGGGCCUGGGGACCCGAGUGGGGUCUCAGCGCCACAAGGCUGCCCCCGCUGCCCGCGGGCUUCCGGGACGAGCAUGGGGUGGCCCUGCUGGCCUACACAGCCAACAGUCCCCUGCACAGGGAGUUUAACGCAGCGGUGAGGGAAGCAGGCCGCUCCCGCACCCACUACCUCCAGCACUUCUCCUUCAAGACCCUGCAUUUCCUGCUGACCGAGGCCUUGCAGCUGCUGGGCAGGGACCAGCGGCCACCCAAGUGCUACCAGGUGUUCCGGGGCGUGCAUGGCCUGCGCUUCCGGCCGGCAGGGCCCGGGGCCACUGUCAGGCUCGGGGGCUUUGCCUCCGCCUCCCUGAAGAACCUAGCGGCCCAGCAGUUUGGCGAGGACACCUUCUUCGGCAUUUGGACCUGCCUCGGGACCCCUAUCCAGGGUUACUCCUUCUUCCCUGGGGAGGAGGAGGUGCUGAUUCCCCCCUUUGAGACCUUCCAGGUGAUCAACGCCAGUAGACCAGCCCAGGGGCCUGCCCGCAUCUACCUCCGGGCCGUGGGCAAGCGCAGCACAUACAACUGCGAGUACAUUAAAGAGAAGCAGUGCAAGUCCAGGCCCUGCCCCCUGGACAAUGCAGCCACGGGUCAGCAGCCCCUCUCCACGGUCUGGUCCCUGCUGCUGCUGCUCUGGUCCACUGUGGUGGGAAAUGCUGGCCUCCUGUGA